AAAUAAUAACCCCCCCGGAGUGGUUUUAACUCCUUAUGAGAUCGAAAGAGAAAGUGACCGGAACCUUUAUUCCCCUGAUGGAUGACGAGACGGAUAGAACAAUGCCUUUACUAACGACGUAUCUGUCACGUAUUCGACGCGUGGCGUUGUCGUCGCCGUCGUCACCAGCCUCGAAUCUGCCCAUGGCACAAUCAUCGUCACCAUCAUCACACAGUCGGGGAGGAGGAGAUACUGGUCGACAAGGAUCGGUAACGUUGGUCAUGGGCAAUCCUUCGGCAGACCUGGACAGUAUCAUCUCGGCCAUAGUCUUGUCAUAUUUCUACAACAACAACAACAAUACUACGAAAGACACUCGGAGAAGACGAAUGUACGUUCCUAUUCUGAAUUUACCUUUUGUUCGAUCGAAAGAAUUAUGGCGUCUACGGCCCGAAUUCGGUGUUGCAUUACGUCUCGCCAUGGGCGAGAAGCCGGAGAAUGUCAGACGAGGAGGUGAUGGGAAGAGGCAGUCCGGCGACGGCCAGGGCAAGACAGCGAAAAUGUUGGAGGAAAUACUCACUAUUGCGGACGUUUUGGACGAUCAGGGCUCGGUACUCCACAAGGUAUUCGCAGCUGCUGUAACAAGUGCCGAUGAGAAACAGGAAGUGAUUCUGGUCGACCAUAAUGCACCUUCUAUCCCAAUACCAGGAUUGUCAGAUGAGGUGAUCCGGUCAAGACUAGAAAUUACAGGUUGUAUUGAUCACCAUGUGGACGAGGGCUAUGUGUCUGGUGAUGCGGACCCCAGGAUGAUUCGGACGGGUAUAGGCAGUUGCACAAGUCUUGUCGUUCAACAUCUUCGGGACAAAGGUUUGUGGCAGCCUACCACUUCAGCGCCAAGUCAAGAGGACAAUGAUCACCAUCUACGCGACGACGCCGACGACGACGAUGGACCGAGGCAGAUGGCCAGACUUGCCCUAGCACCCAUCCUAAUCGACACUUCCAAUCUCAAGGCCAAAGGGGAUAAAUGUUCAGAUCUAGAUAGGGAGGUUGUCAAGUUUCUAGAGUCGAUCGUCAAGCACAGUAACGAUGGCGAUGGCGAUGUCAAGGGACAGGGGACGACGACGACAAGUGAAAAGACCGAGUCCGGUGCCAAGUGGGAUAGAGACGCGAUUCACGAGAUUCUAAGCAAAUCCAAAACGAAUUCUCUUGAUCUAUUGACCAUGCAAGAGAUUUUUGACCGAGAUUACAAGAGUUGGGCCGAGCACACAAAAACAGCAGCAGCAGGAGUAGCAGCGAAGAAUACGGAAACAGUCAAUAUUGGGAUAUCGAGUCUGGUCAAACCUCUUUCUUGGCUCGUGAGGCACGCUGGGGGAGUGAAGGAGUUUCUAGACGAGGUCGACAGGUUUGCUCACGACGAGACCAGAACAUUGGGAAUCUUUGCCAUGCUCACCCGUGCUGGUGACGGCAGGAAAGAACUCGUUCUUUUGGCCAUGGAUCAUAAAAUCAAGGGUGUGGUCGACAACACGUUUGAAGCGAGGGCCGGGGGGGAACUCGAGCUAAAGGCAUGGGACGAAGAUGGAGAUCUUAUUCAAGCACUGGAUCAAAGAGUAGUAACAGGAGAACAACGACAACAACAACUGGCGUCGUGGGAGAUUUGGUGGAUGGGUGAUACUAGCAAGAGCAGGAAACAGGUUGGACCACUGGUUAGAGAGGUUACGAGGGAGUCAUGAUGUCCACCCAAGCCCUAUCAAGUCUUUUGGUUUCUUGGCCAGGAGCGCGCUCUUCGAUUGUCCAUUUGCAUUGCUGCUCUAUAAUUUCUCGGCUAGACGUGCUC